AUGAAGAGAGUACGCUUUGAAACUCCAACAAGAUCUCUACAGCAAGUGACGAUGAAUGAUUUCGAUUGUCAAUCUCCAAGACCUUUCAUCGAUAAAAAGCUGAUAACUACUCCACCGGUCAUUAAAUGUGAUAAUACUAAGGUAUUACAAUUUAGCAAUGAUCCUUUGCAAAAAUAUGAAUGUGCGAAUGGUUCACCUUAUCCCAUUAUAAACAAGACAUGUUUAGAACUUGAGGAAUCAAAGUGGUUACCUUCUAAUGAACUAGAGAUAAGUCUUUUGGAUUCAUGUAAGCAAAUGUCUAAAAAUAUUGGCUACUCCGAAUCAGAUCAACCUAAAGGAUUGAAAACUACUAAAGAAGAAAGCCGCAUUAAUUGUUAUGAUGCAAAGACAAAUUCACGAGUGCUAUCGUCAUUAGAAAAUAUAAGUCCAAAUCCUCCAAAUGUUUUAAGUAAACAUGAUUUCUUUUUACAACGUCAGAAUAUACAUAAAAUAUCUGAGCAGUCAGUUCCAUCUUUGAGUAAUCAAUUUAAAGAUAUAUCUCUAGAUAAGGAAAACAACCCAUUAGUUGCCAAAACAGAGUUAAUGAAAUUGGGUAUCCCUAAACCUUUACUAACAUCAUCAGACGAUGUAAAUGUUGGAAAAUGCUUAGAUUCUACUGUAAGUAAUUAUUGUAUGUGCCAUCACUGUCUCAGGGGUACAGUAAAUAGUAUGUCUUGUAAUGUGAAAAGUGCUGAUACAGAAAAAAUCUCUUCUAAACCUAAUGUUAUGCCAGUAUACCGUAAUCAUACUUGCUUAUCCCAACAUUUAUCUAAUAACUGUAAUCAUUGUGAGUGUUAUGUUCCCAUUUGUAAAAGUAUUUACAACAAAUGCUUAUGUGACGCAGAUCAUAUGUCGGUCAAUUACAAAAACACAGUGGAUAAAAAGAAUUGGGCAUUAGAAAAAUAUGAACAAUCAAAAGGUUCAGAUACCUUGGAUAUUGAAAAGCAAGGAAAUACAAAAGAAAAGAGAGAACCUACAGUAUCUGAUUUAUUUAAAAUAAUUAAACUGCAAAAUGAACAGUUACAGCUAUUGCAGGAAAAAGUUGAUAAGUUUAUUUCAGGUGGUAAAUUAGAAAUGCAGAAACAUUCAUUAACACAACAUGUCGCUGUGGAUACUGUAGAUAAGGAGGAUCAUAAAAUAUCAAUUGGAGUCAUGACAAGUUUCGAAAUGGUCCGCACUUCUACUAUAAUCAAUAAAGAAAUUAUGAAGCAAUGUAAUGAAGCCCAAAUACAAUGUAAUAGGUCACAAAUAAGCAUAAGGGAAGUUUUGCAGCCUGUAAAUUCAAAUUUCUUGGAUGGUAUCACACCUGCAAAGAAUAAUAGUAUUGAAGUAAAUAGAAACAGCUCUGUUAAUGAAAAUAAUAUUUUACCACAAGUCAUUGAGAAUUGGCAGAAAGAAAAUGCAUAUGAAGAUAAAACAUUCAAUGAACAGAGCCUAUACAAUGUACAAGUUGACAAUGCAACAACUCCUCUCAUGUCACCAGAGCAGAGCAUGUAUUUAGAUGUAAGAGAUUAUAGCGACUCAGAUUCUGAGUAUGAAGACCAGUCCAAUGUUGGAUGGACUUACUACAAUAAAGUUAUGACCCACGUAAAUGGCAUGCUGCAUGAUUCAGAUAUGCCUUCUUCAGCGAGUGCUCUGUAUAGGAACACUCGGCAGAAGUGUAUGCAAAUGAAAAUUGACAAAACUAAUGUUAGUGUAAUUAAGAGGGUAAAAUUUGGCGAUCAACAUAUUGGUACAACACCACAACAUAUUAUGGCUGCUUCAACAGACACAAGUUUAAAAAUGAAUCAGCUUGCAGCUAAAUAUUUAAAAAACGGGUCACUUGCAGCUCACCGAGCUUCACCAAAACCUACUUCUACUGCUGCUCCUGUAGACAUGUCGUUUGCGACAAGGAAGUAUAUGGAGAAGCACCAAUUGUUACAAGGUUUGACCGCUAAAUCGAAACCAGAGCCUAUGUUUGAAAUACCACGAUUUUUGGACAUAACAACUUUAAAACAGCAACCAAAACUGUUGUAA